CUAUACUCGAAAGUAUAGCUGCCAUUCAUAUUCAGAUCAGUUCAGUCCAGUCCAUCGUGUUAUUUAGCCAGCGCAGAAAAUUACGUGUCCGUCAUACAAAAAAAAUAGAUAAAAAUGUCCACACUGAAGUGCUACCAAGAUGAGGAGUGCGAGUCGGAAUAUGGUCGCGUUUAUGCCGUUUCCGGUCCCGUUGUUACUGCGGAACGAAUGGCUGGCUCUGCUAUGUACGAAUUGGUGCGUGUAGGUUAUUACGAAUUGGUCGGUGAGAUCAUUCGUCUAGAAGGUGACAUGGCAACCAUUCAAGUGUACGAAGAAACUUCCGGUGUAACUGUCGGUGAUCCAGUAUUACGUACAGGCAAACCGUUAUCUGUGGAAUUGGGUCCUGGUAUUUUGGGUAGCAUUUUCGAUGGUAUUCAACGUCCACUAAAGGACAUUGGCGAAGCCAGUGGUUCCAUAUAUAUACCAAAAGGUGUAAAUAUUCCUUCGCUUUCACGCACUGAGGCUUGGGGAUUCAAUCCGACAAAUGUGCGCGUCGGUUCGCAUAUAACCGGUGGCGAUCUAUAUGGCAUUGUUCACGAGAAUACGUUGGUAAAACAUCGUUUAAUUGUGGGUCCACGUCGCAAGGGUACAGUGCGUUAUAUCGCACCCGCGGGCAAUUACACAGUGGAGGAUGUGAUUUUGGAAACCGAGUUCGAUGGUGAAAUUACAAAACACACAAUGUUGCAGGUGUGGCCUGUGCGUCAACCACGUCCAGUUACUGAAAAACUGCCUGCAAAUCAUCCCUUGUUCACGGGCCAACGUGUAUUAGAUUCACUAUUCCCUUGUGUACAAGGUGGCACUACAGCUAUACCGGGCGCGUUCGGUUGUGGCAAAACUGUAAUCUCACAGGCGCUGUCGAAAUAUUCCAACUCGGACGUCAUCAUUUACGUCGGUUGCGGUGAGCGUGGUAACGAGAUGUCUGAGGUAUUACGUGAUUUCCCCGAACUGACUUGUGAGAUAGAUGGCGUGGUCGAGUCUAUUAUGAAACGUACCGCCUUGGUAGCCAACACCUCCAACAUGCCGGUAGCUGCGCGUGAAGCCUCCAUCUACACCGGUAUCACACUCUCUGAGUAUUUCCGUGACAUGGGUUACAAUGUUGCCAUGAUGGCUGACUCGACAUCACGUUGGGCUGAGGCGUUGCGUGAAAUUUCCGGACGUUUGGCUGAAAUGCCUGCCGAUUCUGGCUACCCAGCCUACUUGGGUGCACGUCUGGCCUCCUUCUACGAGCGUGCAGGUCGCGUUAAGUGUUUGGGUAAUCCGGAACGCGAAGGCUCGGUGUCUAUUGUCGGUGCUGUAUCCCCACCUGGUGGUGAUUUCUCUGAUCCCGUUACUUCUGCUACACUCGGUAUUGUGCAAGUGUUUUGGGGCCUAGACAAAAAACUGGCGCAGCGUAAACAUUUCCCUUCGAUUAACUGGUUGAUUUCAUAUUCGAAGUACAUGCGUGCGUUAGAUGAAUAUUAUGAUAAGAAUUUCCCAGAAUUUGUACCACUUCGUACAAAGGUUAAAGAGAUUUUGCAAGAGGAAGAAGAUUUAUCGGAAAUCGUGCAGCUGGUCGGCAAAGCAUCGUUGGCGGAAACAGAUAAAAUUACACUGGAAGUCGCAAAACUUGUGAAGGAUGACUUUUUACAACAGAACUCCUACUCGCCUUAUGAUCGUGUAUGUCCAUUUUACAAAACUGUGGGCAUGUUAAGGAAUAUGUUGGCCUUCUACGAGCUAGCUCGCCAUGCUGUAGAAUCCACUGCCCAGUCAGAUAAUAAGAUCACAUGGAAUAGUAUACGUGAUGCGAUGGGCAAUAUCAUAUACCAGCUAUCGUCAAUGAAAUUCAAGGAUCCCGUUAAAGAUGGUGAGGCGAAAAUCAAAGCAGACUAUGAACAACUUCACGAAGAUAUGCAGCAGGCCUUUAGAAAUAUGGAAGACUAAAUCUAAACAAUCUGAUGGCAAGUUUAAACACACAAAUACAUACAACCAAAGCCAAGUAAUAUAAUGAAAAUGAAUAUCAGUUUAAACAAACCAUCAAUAUAUUUAAUUUAUUCAUUUAUCAUAUAACUGAUAUAUUUGAAACUAGUCAUUUCAACUAGUCAUUUACGUAUUACCGUAAUAUUUAUGAAAAUAAAGUUAGGAUCAGUUUAACGAAAAAAAAUAUACAAAAAUAGUAUUCAUCCUUAAUUUACCUCUUUAUGUCCUAUAAGCAAAUGUUAAUACAUAUAACUUAAAAAUCACAAUGGAAUGAAUGGUGAAAUUGGAAACAAAUCACCUAUGAAAGACGAACAAUAACUAGUGGCUAAUGAAUAACAAAUUUAGAGGCAAACGAACCAAAGAUACUUCAACUAUAGAUAUACAACGUACAUAUGUGUAUUCAUAUGAAAAUUAAAUAUACAUUCGUAAGUGCGUAAAACAAAGGUUAAAUACUUAAUGAAAAUACAUAAGUAAAUACAGACUUGUUAUAUUUCAAAGUGUUUGGCUAUAACUAUUAACUAUAUAAUACCUAUAUGUAUGGUGUUUCUACAAUAUGCGUUCAAUAAAUUUAUGAUUUUCAUACUGUUACGAUUCGAGUUCAUAAAUUAAAGAGAAAGAAAAAGUUCAUUGCAAUUUUUGUUAUUUGUAAAUAAUUAUAAAGGCUUACUGGUCUUAUAAAUCGCCAUUUUAUAUGUAUUUUAAAGUGCAAUCAAUGUGUUGUCCUCUCCGGUUAACAGUUUUAGGUUAUUUAUUUAUUGUAAAAU